GCCGCCAGCCGCGCGCGCUCCGCCCUCCCACCGGAUGAGGAAGAGGCGCUAGGGAAAAUGGCGGCGGUGAGGCGGCUGUUUCUAACUACUCCCCAAACAAGCCUGGUUGCCAUCAGAUGUGCUUCUAAGAAAACUGGAGGCAGCUCAAAAAAUCUAGGUGGCCGCAGCCCUGGGAAGCGCUACGGAUUCAAAAAAGUAGAAGGUGCAUUUGUGCAUGCAGGCAACAUUUUAGCUACACAGCGGUUGAUACGCUGGCAUCCAGGGGCUCAUGUGGGGAUGGGCCGUAACAAGACACUCUACGCCCUGGAGGAUGGGAUUGUGAGAUACACCAAAGAGGUCUAUAUACCUCUGCCCCGCAGCAGUGAGAGCAGGGAAGUGAUCUGUCGUCUACCCAAAGGAGCGAUUCUUUAUAAAACCUUUAUCAAUGUUAUCCCUACCACAGAAGUAGGAAGCUUUAAACUGGUCACCAUGCUCUGAGCCUCCUGUGUCACACAGGGUCAGAUGGGAAGGAGCGGCUGGGACAGACCACUACCGCUGGACUGGCAUCUGAGGUCAAGAAUAUUCUAGCUCUGAAGAUACCAGUUUAGGACUUUGUUUUCUUGCUCCUAAAGCACAUGUGGCCAGUGUUUGGGCACUGGGAUCACCUGCCAGUAUUUGUAAGAGUGUUUAAUAAAUGCUGUGGGGCCACUAAA